AACAUAAAUUUAACCCAGAAAGCUCAGUUCCUCGAAAGUGCGAGUCCUAGAAGCAUCGUGUGUCAACAUGUACUCAGUCAGUGAAGAUGUCAAAAAAAAUGUGUACGAAACGUUCGAACGCAAUGAACAAAUGGUUGAAGAUGACGUGCACAUAAUCAAAACGUGGAUGAAAACUCAACCACACCUUCCAGAAUUAAUGGAGGACGUCAAAAAUAAGAAUUUUUUGAAUUUGAAUAAGUUCAGUAUUGAAAAAACAAAAGAAAAAAUUGACAUGUACUAUACUAUCAGGAGCGUUAUUCCUGAAUUGUUUGAACUGUGUAAUCCGAAACUGAAAAUUACAGACAACUUGUUUAAUAAUACAUAUUUAUUCACGUUUUUAAAACAACUGAAUGGUGCCCACCGUGUUUAUUUCUCGAAACAGAAAAAAGAGAAUAGUGUGAAUCUUUUGGAAAUGUAUAACGUUUGGUUCUCGAUUUUUGAGAUUCGACUACAAGAGGAUUUUAUGGUUAACGAUUACAUUAUUGUAGAUUUGGACAAUUAUUCGCUUGGUGAUAUGAAACGGAUGAAUCCUGCAGUAGUAUCAAAAUUUCUAGCUAUUUACAAGAAGGUUUACGCUCUUCGAUUAGAAAAAAUCGUUUUACUAAAUUGCCCGUCUUAUGUUUCUAUUUUGAGUGCGCUUAUGAAAGCCGUAAUGAAACCCAAACUUCUUGAAAGAAUCGAGUUUCAUAAGGACGCUGAAGUUUUUAAGAAAAUCAUUUGUAAAGAAGAACUUCCUAAGGAGAAUGGAGGGGAAGGACCCUCUCUGGAGGAAUACAAUGGUAGGAAUUUUUACAAAAAAUGCAAAAUCUACGCUGAUGCUUCAGCUAUGAUGCAAACAAAGCUUUCUCAGUACCAAGACCGAUUCGACCAGUUGGAUAAAUUGAGGGUUAACGAAAAUCUUCGACCUCAAAAACUGGACAACGAUGAAAUUUUGGGCUUCUUUUAAAAAAAUAAAUAUCGACUAAAUCUAUUAGUUUCGCUUUUUUAUUAUAACCAUAGUCAAAAAACGAACAUGUCAUAAUGUUGUAGAAUUAAA